AUGGUAGAGACAUACGACCACACCGGCGCGCCCGUGGCGCACCACCGCCUCCGCGUCAACGGCAUUCGCAUGCAUGUCAUUGUCGGCGGCAGCGGCCCCGCCAUCGUGCUGCUGCACGGCACGCCCAAGAACAGCUUCUACUGGCACAAGCUGUUCCCGCUGUUGACGCCGCACUUCAGCGUGGUCGCGCCGGACCUGCGCGGCUUUGGCUUCACCGACAAACCACCUGCCGCCGAAGGGUACGAUUGCCGCACCAAUGCUGAUGACAUUGCGGAUCUCAUGACGCAGCUCGGCCACGAGCAUUUCUUCGUGCACGGCGAGGACCGCGGCGCCGAGUACGCCUACGCCCUAGCCGCCGCGUACCGCGACCGCGUCACCAAGCUCUCCUUCUGCGAAAUGCUGCUCUCCGGCCUCGGGCUGGAGGAGUCGUCGUUUCUGACGCAGGAGAACGCGACGCGCCAGUUCCGCAAGCAGGGCGUUUGGUGCUGGCACUUGACCUUGUUUGCGCUGCCGGGCGUGCCCGAGUUUUUGGUGCGGGGCCGCGAGAGGGAGUUUUGGGCUUUCUUCAUGAAGCAGGAGUGCUACAAUCCCGACCUCAUCACCGACGAGAUGCUCGACUACUGGACAGACUGCAUCACGCAACCGGGCGGCCUCACCGGCUGCUUCGACACGUACCGCUCCGUCUUCAAGAACGCCGAGAUCAACAAGGAGACGGCCAAGCAGAAACUCACGUGUCCCGUAAUGACGAUCGGCGCCCCGGAAUUCUUUGGCCCACAGGUCGAGGAGAAUAUGCGGCUGGUGGCGGAGAAUGUCGCGCAGAGCGAGAUCUUUGAUGAGUGUGGCCAUAGUUUGGCGUUGGAGAAGCCGGAGAGGCUGGCGGGGAGUUUGAGGGGGUUCAUGUUGGGGACGUGA